CCCACUAGAAUUCCACCUCUCUAACACUUGUAGGCCAGAAGAACGAAAAAUGGCAACUACGACACAACACUGCAAGACAUGUGGAAGAACCCUGAUCAAGAUACCCAGGUCACAAUAUGAAAUGUGUCCUGCGUGCCAGACUGUCAACCUCUUCAAUAGUAAGCUCAAGGAUUGCAUUCUCACCCGACUCGGACAAUAUGUCAAUGCAGGAACGAGUCAAAAUCAGGAUGCUCUUCAAGGACAACCGCCUCAGACAAAAACAUCAUCACAACAGACUGUUCCUCCUGCGGCGGUGAAAGUUGAUAGAUCCUAUCGUAUUCUACGACCACAAUUGUCUCGUUUGACACUGAGCAGAAUCCAUCAACAAACUCCUCAGGUGCAUGGGAAGAAGAGGGCAGUUCUAUGCGGUGUGACUUACAAUGGCCACAAAAAGAAACUUGAAGCCAGUGUUCAUAAUGUUAGGAGCAUGCAACAAUUACUACAGAACAAACUGGGAUUUCCAAGUGCUUCCAUCCGUGUCCUUACAGAAGAGGAAUCAGACCCCUCCAGGAUUCCAACAAAAUGUAACAUAGAAGAGGCAUUGCGCUGGCUCGUCCAAGGUUGCCAAUCAGGCGACUCGUUGAUGUUCUACUAUGCAGGGCAUGGCUGCAAAGUGGUUGAUGAAGAUGGAGAUGAGACUGAUGGGUAUGAUGAAGCAUUGUGCCCUGUGGACUAUAGAGAGGCUGGAAAGAUAAUAGAUGAUGAAAUCAAUGCCACCAUUGUAGCACCUCUACCUCAUGGAGUAACGCUUCAUAGUGUCAUUGACACUUGCUUCAGUGGAACUCUCCUAGAUCUACCUUUUCUUUGCAAUAUCAACCAGGAUGGACUCUACAUGUGGGAAGAACACCAACUUACAAAUAAAGGGACUAGCGGCGGAAAAGCACUUUGUAUUAGUGCCUGUGCUGAUGACCAAAACUCUGCAGAUACAUCGGCUUUCACAGGCAACGCUGUAGGUGCUUUGACUUUUAGCUUCAUCCAAGCUAUGGAAACAGAAAGUAAACUGACAUAUGGAAGAUUGCUUAGUUCCAUGCGCAAAAAAGUCUGUCAAGCUCAACAAGUGGUAGGCCGAUUUGCUCCAUUUGCAUCUUCUACGUCGCAGGAGCCUCAACUAUCCUGUUCAACAAGAUUUGAGAUCUACUCGGAGCCUGUUAUGUUGUAGAGAAUACGUGUUUACACCGGUGAUAGCUUCAAAUAAAUUAUAUAGAAUGAGCGAAAAUGCUUUAUGGGAAAUUAAGAAGUAAUGCAAAAUGAAAACACACAUAAUUAUGUAUACACACAUAUAUAUACAUAUACGAAUUGCAUAAUGCUUAGAUACUUUCUC